AUGUCUCAGAGUGAUUAUGAUGAUCUGAUCUGCUUUGAGGAGCUGAACAGAGCAGACCAAGACGAGAAGGUGGUGGUUGUGUAUGAAUGUGUAGAUAGUGUUAGAGGCCGUGACCCCAACUCAGAGACGGACGACACCAACACAAAGAGAAUCCUACAGACAGAGAGCAACACUGCAGGAAGCAGAAACCACAGACUGGCUGCAGUGCAUCUGGGGCUGCUGUGUGUUCUCCUGCUGACUGCCAUCACACUGCCAUGGUUCAUGUUCACUGCAGAGAGAGACAACUUACAGACCAGUUACACCAACAUGACUACAGACAGAGACCAGUUACAGACCAGUUACACCAACCUGAUAAAAGAGAGAGACCAGUUACAAACCAGUAACACCAACCUGGCUAAAGAGAGAGACCAGUUACAGAAAGAGAGAGAGGGAUUGGAGAGGAAGUUUUCUGAACUGGAGAGACUCAUUAAACAACUAGAAUGGAUCUACUUCAACUCCAGUAUUUACUACAUCUCUACUGAGAGGAAGAGCUGGAAUGAGAGCAGACAGUUCUGCAGAGAGAGAGGAGCUGACCUGCUGAUCAUAAACAGCAGAGAAGAACAGGAAUUUACUGCAAUGUUGAUAAGAGGUCAGUGGACUUGGAUUGGUCUGACUUACAGAGACACAGAGAGAGUCUGGAGAUGGGUGGAUGGCUCAGCACUGACCACUGAGUUCUGGGGACGUGGAGAACCUGAUGGAUAUGGACUUUGUGUCAUAACUGGCUAUGAAUCUGAUCCUAUACAGAGCUGGAAUCAAUAUCUCUGUGUGGGACGGCAUGUUUGGAUCUGUGAGAAGAAAGUGUGUAGUUAA